AUGGAGGUGGAUAAGCUCACUAUAACUGUGGGCUUUGCCGCCGUCAUCUCGACUUACUGGCUCAGCAAGACGAUUUACAACCUCUUCUUCCAUCCUUUGGCUGGCUUCCCUGGUCCGCGCUGGGCAGCUGGAUCGUACCUUCCUGAAUUCUAUUACGACAUCCUACAAGGCGGGCGAUAUUACAAGAAGGUCAUCCAGAUGCACAAGAAGUAUGGCCCACUUGUACGAGUCAAUCCCGAUGAGCUCUCAUUCAACGACCCCCUCUUCUACGACAAGGUCUACUCAGGUGGCGGACAGAAGCGCAACAAAAACCCAGGUCUCACAACUACGGCGCCCACAUCAGUAAUCUCGACAAACGACCAUGAUCUACACCGGCAACGUCGAGGUUAUAUUACCAACCUGUUCUCAAAGAGAUCUAUCUUGGACCUGGAAUCGGCCAUUCAGUCCAAAGUCGAUAAGUUAGUCAUGCAUAUGAAGGAAGCCUAUCGUACUGGAGAGACGCUCAUUGGACCUCUCAUGUUUGGCAGCCUAGCGGUGGACGUCAUCUCACACUAUGCGUACGGUGAGAGUUUUGGAGAUCUCGACAAGCCUGGGUUCCCUUGCGAACUCGAGCGAGACGUCAAAGGCGUAGUAUUGACUGCGCAUGUGCGCCGAUUCUUUCCCGCUAUUGACGCGCUCAUGAUACGUCUUCCAACCUGGCUAAUCGCCCGUAUAAGCCCUUCCAUCGUUAGCUAUCUGGAUUUCGAGAACCGGAUCACGAAAUACUCCAAAGAAGCCCUCAAGAAAAGCCAAGAAGGAAGAUAUUCAACCAAACCUAGGACACUGUUCGACGCACUAAUCGGCCCCAAGGUUCCUGUGCCCGAGAAGACGCUCCAACGAUUGAAAGAUGAAGGUACGCUCAUCUUGUUCGCCGGUGUAGAUACCACGGCCCGAUUCUUGACAUGUACCAUGUGCUACUUGAUCAUGUAUCCUAAUAUACUGGCGAAACUGCGUGCAGAGCUACGAUCCUAUCCCACCUCGACCUGCACUCAGCUUGAAGCUCUGCCAUAUCUGACUGCGGUCAUCAAUGAGUCACUCCGAUAUGAAUGUUCCUUUACAAGUCGCUUUCCACGCUUACUCGUCGAGCCGCUUGCUUACAAGGAUAGGCUCAUACCUUCGGGUACUACCAUCGGUGCAAUGCCAUAUCUACUGAACAGCCACCCCGAAGUAUUCCCUGAUCCUCACGUCUUCAGACCCGAGCGAUGGAUCGAAGCCAAAACCCGCGGAGAACAUCUCGAGAAGUAUCUCGUCACCUUCACGAAGGGUAGUAGAGCGUGUCUUGGUAUCAACCUUGCAUACGCCGAAUUGUACCUCACAGUCGCAGCAAUGGUUCAGAACUUCGACCUGAAGCUCGUAGACUCCUCUAUCGAGAACAUCACUCCAGACCGAGACUUUGGUCUGGCUUUCGAUAAGGACUACAACUUCGGUGUCAACUUCAGAGUUACCAAGGUACUGCGAGAGUGA